AGACGACGUAUGUAUCAAAUAAAAAAUAAACAAACAAAACAAAAACAAUAUACAAGACAAAUUUAUGACAAAUGCAUAAUGUGAUAUGAAUGUGAUAAUAAUUAUGGGAUAAUCAUAAUCUAAUUAUUAGAAGUUUUAGAACUCGAUUAUCAUAUUAUUGAUAUUGUCAAAUGUUCAUAUCCUAUCUCCAUUGAAAGUAUUUUGAAAGUUAUGUAAAUAUAUGGUAAUAAAUGUUCCCAAUGAAUUUGAAAUUUUAAGCUGCUGUGCUGCUGUCGUGGCCGGUGAUGGUGGUGGUAGUGGAGUGCGAUCGACGAUUCGACGGUCUCGAUUGAAUUUCACGCUUUAGAGUUUUCACAGUUGUGUUGUAUGUUCAGUAAUCAGUUUACUAUGAAUUACUAUUAGUACUUGUUACUUGUUCUCAGUGCCAUUAGCAUUUGACGAAGGUGCAAUACUAUUCAAGUCAGAGAAUAUUCGCACUACUUUGUAGUUUGUUGAGUAUCUAGUGCAUUAUUUUGAUCUUAGUAUUGAGGUGGUAGUAGGUUUCUUCAGAUUUUUCCGAAAUGGUUAAAGCUGAAGUAAAAACUAACCAGAAGAAAGAGGGUACCACAUUCUCGGACCUGUAUUUAAUAAGUUACAAUGGAAUCCAGACUAUUGGGUGGUCGUACCUCCUCUACCAGCUGGCCGGCCACUACCUGACCUCGUCCGAGCGGUCCCUCUACGACACCGUCAAGUGCACGGUGGCCGUCUUCCAGAACGCCGCCGUGCUGGAGGUGGUCCACGCGGCCACCGGCCUGGUGCGGUCCGAUCCCAUCAUCACGGCCUUUCAGGUAGCGUCGAGGGUGCUGGUCGUGUGCGGCGUCCUGAUGGCUACCGCGUCGGCCAGAGAGUCGAUCGGUCUGAGCCUGGCUUUGCUCGCGUGGUGCGUAACCGAGAUCAUUCGCUACUCCCUGUAUACGUUGACGAUCGUCGGUAGUGUUCCCCAUUUCUUGAAGUACUUGAGAUACACAUUGUUCAUUGGCCUGUAUCCAUUAGGAAUAACUGGAGAAUUACUAUGUCUCUAUGCAGCACAACGAGAAGUUGGAGAUGGAAAACUCUAUUCAAUACUGAUGCCAAACAAAUAUAAUUUCAUAUUCAAUUAUCAACACGUGCUAAUUUUCAUCAUGCUGCUGUACAUACCAUUAUUUCCACAACUUUACCUUCACAUGUUCUCUCAACGAAAAAAAGCCCUGGGUAAAACGAAAAAAGCAAAUUGAUAAUAUAUUUUAUAUUUAAUAUAAAUUAACAUUGCAUUCGAAUUGUUAUAGUUUACACUUGUUAUUGAAAUUCGUCAAUAAAAUUGCGAAAUAAAUCAGUUUUUUAAAGCCCGUUGUAUUUUUCUUGAUUGCCUACUCCUGGACUCAUUGAGAGCUUUUUCUAAUUCAUUGGUAAUGUGCAUUAGAUUAUUUGGAUCAGUCUGUAACAAUAUAUUCUCCUUUUUGCUACCAGUCCCAUCACCUCUGUCAGUCUUCAAUUGGAGCUCCAUAGUUACAAGUGGGAUCGCCUGAUGCAAAAGUGCCCUCGAUGCAACCUAUGAGAUCAAAAAUUG